GUAGUUGUGUUGCUUAUCGUGCGUGGCGUGGUCGUGGCCCACAAAUUCACACAAUUGAUAGAUACGUACGACCAGACACAACAUUACAAUUCUUUUUAUUACAUUAUAGUUUCUUAAUUAACUAAUCAUUUUUUUAAGCUAUAUAAGAAACGCUAAAUAAUAUUCAAUUAUACACUUUCGAUUAGUAUCCUCUCAUAUUUCACAUUAUUUAAUUCCUGUUUUAGUAAAUACAAUUGAUGGCAUAAAGACCUAACCUUACCCUUUUGUACUUGUCAUGCUCUAGAUUCCAGGUCUUGGAUUCUUGAAUUUCCUAUACACGUAUUAUACAUCCCGUGUCUAGUAGUACAUAUAUGUAUAUGAUCCAAGCUCUAGAUACUAAGGCAAUUCACAUUCAUAUCAAUUAAUUAAACUAUUUAAUAGUUUAUAAAAAGAGUGACAAAUAAAGUGUUCAGUAGUUUUUAUAAUUUUACGAUUAUCUUGUGUACAUGAUAAAUGAGCUAUUAUGUCUAAUCAGUGUCAAAUAUCAAACAAAUCAUAUCGUGAAUUAGAAUUGCGUAGUUCGGAAUUAAAUGAUCAUCCAGGCAGUAAUUCAAGAUGUAGCAGAAAUUUUGGAAACAAUGUUGAACGUUCUAUGGAACUAUCCUCUGUAGUUGUUAUUCCAGAUGAUACAUUUACUGUAGUACAAGCUAUCAAUGCAUUAGGAUUUGGAAAAUUUCAAGUCAAAUUAUCUCUAUUUACGGGUCUCUGUUGGAUGGUGGACAGUAUGGAAAUAACAAUAUUAAGUAUUUUAAGUCCAUCAUUACAUUGUGACUGGGGCAUUACUAGAUAUCAACAAGCUUUAACAACUACGGUUGUUUUCCUAGGUAUGAUGUUAAGUUCUACAUUUUGGAGUAACUUGAGUGAUAGAUAUGGUAGCAAACAGUCUUUAACACUCUGUGCAAUUUUGUUACUUUACUACGCUUUCUUCAGUGCUUUUGCACCAAAUUUUCUAUGGAUUUUAUUACUUAGAGGAUUAGUUGGUUUUGCUAUUGGUUGUGUACCACAAUCAGUAACAUUGUAUGCAGAGUUUCUGCCAGCCAAACAAAGAGCAAAAUGUGUAAUCUUAUUAGAUUGCUUUUGGGCUCUUGGAGCCUGUUUCGAGGUAGCCAUAGCAUUAGUAAUAAUGCCAUACUUUGGUUGGAGAUGGCUUCUCAUUUUAUCUACAAUACCACUUCUUGUAUUUGCUAUUAUCACUCCUUGGUUACCAGAAUCUAUGAUAUUUGAUAUGUCAACUGGAAGAAUGGAUAAAGCUGUUUCUACAUUAGAACGAGUAGCAAGAGAAAAUAAGAAACCUUUACCUCCGGGAAGAUUAGUUAUGGAUCGUUUUUAUCAAGUGCAUCAUGGUAAAUUAAAAGAUGUACUGAGCAAAGAAAUGUGUAGGACAUCUACCCUACUUUGGCUUGUAUGGAUGAGUACAGCAUUUUGUUAUUAUGGUGUGGUAUUAAUGACAACAGAACUAUUCCAUACAUCAUCUGAGCAGUGCAGCUUUUGGGAAAAUAAAAAAGAAGAUACAUGUCAAUUGGAUUGCCGUUUAGAACGUAGUGAUUACAUUGAUCUUCUUUGGACAACAUUAGCUGAAUUCCCAGGAAUAUUUUCUACUAUUUUUGCGAUAGAAAAAAUCGGUAGAAGGAAAACAAUGGCUUUUCAAUUAGUAAUGUUUGCAAUGUUAAUUUGUUUUUUGGGUAGGGCCUGCCUAUUGAAUAGAAUCGCAUUGACACUUGCAAUUUUUCUUGCCAGAGGUUUAAUUGCUGGUGUUUUUCAAGCAGCUUAUGUAUACACUCCAGAAGUAUAUCCAACCCAUUUGCGUAGUGUUGGAGUAAGUACUUGCAGUGCCAUGGCUAGAAUUGGUGCGAUGGUCACACCAUACAUAGCACAAGUAUUUCUGCAGUGGUCUAUUACUGGAGCAAUGACAAUAUAUGCUGUAACAGCAUUAUGUGCUGCUGCAGCUACACUUGCUUUACCUGUUGAAACUAAAAAUCAAUCAUUACAUGAUUCAACGCAGGAAACAAGAUAAACUCAUUUAAAAUUUUCUUUUUUGUUGGUAUUACUGAAACAUAUUAACUAGAUACAAAAUAUAUUUUUGUUGAUGUAUUUUAUAUAGCAAUCUUUGCAUAAUGAAAA